AUGUCAUUGUCAGAUGAGCAGGUACAAGCGGAAAUGCGCAAGAUGAUUAGCUUCAUCAAGCAAGAAGCGCUUGAAAAAGCCAAGGAAAUCCACACGCUUAGUGAAGAAGAUUUCCAGGUUGAAAAGGCUAAGAUUGUUCGUGAAGAAUGCGAAACAAUAGACAGGAAUUAUGAAGGAAAGUUAAAGCGAGUUUCGAUGGCCCAAAAGAUCGCCAAGUCGAACGUGAUGAACAAAAGCCGUUUAGAUCUGCUAAACAGUAGACAAGAAGUGAUUGACGGAAUUUUUUCAAAGGUGGAAAAGAAACUAGAAGGAAUUGAGCAAAAGAAAGAUGCUUAUGUCAAGUUUUUGAGUGAUUUAAUCGUUCAGUCAAUGGAACUCUUGAGUGAGCAAGUCGGCAUUAUCUAUGCUCGUCAGCGUGAUAUUAAUUUGGUAUCCCUAGCCAUGACUAAGGCUGUGGAAAUUUUGAAAGAACAAGAAAAAUUCAAAAAUAUUGAAAUUGACAUUGAUCAUGAUGAGUACUUGGAUGACUCCUGUCUCGGCGGUGUGAUUGUGGUCGGUUUAGAAGGAAAGAUCAAAAUCGACAACACGAUGAAGGCCCGUCUCGAAUUAAUCAAGAAAGAAGCACUCCCUCAAAUUCGCCAUUUAUUGUUUGGUGACAAUCCUAACCGUAAGUUUCUCAAUUAG